UCUUUCUCUCUGAUUCUUCAUCAUCCCAUCCAUGUGGGUGAAUGUUCCUGAAAAUCCUGUAGAGACUUUUGUGAAAGAAUUUCUAGCCAAAGCCAAAGAAGAUUUCUUGAGAAAAUGGGAAUCACCACCACAGAGCACAACUGGUUUAGAUGACUUUGACAGACUGAAGACGUUGGGCACGGGCUCUUUUGGGAGAGUCAUGCUGGUUAAACACAAGGCUACAGAUCAGUUCUAUGCCAUGAAAGUUCUGGACAAACAAAAGGACAACUCUAAUUUGUAUAUGGUGAUGGAGUAUGUACCAGGAGGGGAGAUGUUCUCACAUCUUAGAAGAAUCGGAAGGUUUAGUGAACCACAUGCACGGUUUUAUGCUGCACAGAUUGUCCUGACCUUCGAGUACCUCCACUCACUAGACCUCAUCUACAGAGACCUGAAACCUGAAAACCUACUUAUUGACCAGCAUGGAUAUAUACAGGUAACAGACUUUGGUUUUGCAAAAAGAGUAAAAGGCAGAACCUGGACAUUAUGUGGAACUCCAGAGUACUUGGCACCAGAGAUCAUCCUCAGCAAGGGAUACAACAAGGCUGUGGACUGGUGGGCCCUUGGUGUUCUCAUAUAUGAAAUGGCAGCUGGAUAUCCCCCGUUUUUUGCAGACCAGCCUAUUCAGAUCUAUGAGAAGAUUGUGUCUGGAAAGGUACGAUUCCCCUCGCACUUCAGUUCCGAUCUGAAAGAUCUUUUGAGGAAUCUGCUGCAGGUGGACCUGACCAAGCGCUACGGCAACCUAAGGAAUGGUGUCAAUGAUAUUAAAAACCACAAAUGGUUUGCCACAACGGAUUGGAUAGCCAUCUAUGAGAGAAAGGUGGAGGCGCCGUUCAUACCAAAGUGCCGAGGUCCUGGAGACACAAGCAACUUUGACGACUAUGAAGAGGAAGACAUUCGUGUAUCUGUUACAGAAAAAUGCGCAAAGGAGUUCUCCGAGUUUUAGUUACGGACACAUCAAAGCUAGACAUGUAUGCAUAUAUACAUAUAUUUACUUCUCUAUAUAUGUAUAUGUGUGUGUGUUUGUGUGUGCAUCACACAACAUAUCAAAUAAGGGUAUCUUUGCACUCUAAAGACAAGGGAUGAGCAGAAAGCACAUCACCGUCAGAGUUCUUGUGUACUUCCUUCAUUCCAUCGGGCUUUAGAGGUCACCGGGGUUCAUACACUGGCACAUCUCCUGCUCCUUCAGUUCACUCUCUUCCUACUCCGUUUUCGCUUUGUCAAACGACCUGUUUGACAUUGUGUUCCCCCAUUUGACAGAUGGCAUUUAAAACACGGACUUUGGGGGGAAAACACAAAAAGGCCAAUUCAGCAUUGUUACUCUGUUUUUUUUUAUUUUUUAUUUUUUCAUGGCGGCGUCAUACAGUGUUGUUAUUUGAAAGGUGGCCGUUGCCUGUACCUAUUGGCAUUUUUGGUGUUACACGUGUAUGUCGUUUUUAUUAAUUUCACCUUUAGACCAAAACAACUGACAAUUUUUUUUUGUUACGUGUGCAUAUGUCGAAUUCAGUGUUUUUUAUUUUAUUUAAACCACGUUGUGUGUUGAAAGCAUGACCAAAACCAUUGUGUUGUGAACGGCAGAGGAGGAGGUCUUAACUCUUCAGAUUUGCCUUAGAAACUCGAUAUAACAGAGCCCACAGAAUGAUUGCAUUACAGAUGUUACAGUGAUCUUUGUAUCACGAUGUUACAGUGGAAGGUCCAGUCUCAUGCAUAUACUGACAGGUGUUGUUAGCAAUAUAAAAUAUAUCUCAUUUUACCACUUUUGUGCAUUUUUAUUCAUUAUACAAAGGUUUUGUUCUGAAAUAUAAGAUACAACCUUUAAAGAUUGUUUCACUUUGAUCAUUUUAACAGUGCUGUUUAUCGUCGGAUAUUUAAGAAAAACAGCAAAUGCAUUGGUGCAGCUGCUGUAGGAUGAGUUAGAUUAUCACAGUGAGGCACUUCUCCGUUCACCGUUUUAAUUUGUCAAUGUUGAAGCUGUUUUGCAACGUUCUCUCUUCACUGAAAAUUGUAAAACUGCCAAAACUCCAUGUUGUCUCCUCCAUUGUUGCUGUUGAACUUCUGUCGUUCUUUUAUUCUUAUGACCGAAUGUAGUGUUGAAACUUCUAGAUAUAUGCAUAUUGUUUGAUAAGUUUGAGUUUUGAGGUACGUUCUCACAGACAUUAUACUAAGAAACUGAAUAUGUUACAAAGAAAGAGUGAAGAGAGAAAUAAUGGAGGUUAGUAAGCCUCUUCUCCUUUGUAUCACCUAUAAUCCAGUUAUUGUUCAGCUCAUAAUGCGUAUAUGCAUUAUUUCUUAUACAUGUUUUUAU